CAAUGCAUCUCCACUCUGUGUGUCAUCUCAUCAUCAUCAUGUUCUGUAUGUCAAUUUUUCAGUCCACACAUAUCAGUCGUUAUUUCCUCAUCUCUCAGAUCAUACUGGACAACAGCCGCCUUUGGACCAAUGUCUGCUAUCUCGAACGAAAACUUGUCACCGGCGGUCGUGAUGCGCGCUGCACGCGAAAUCCAAAAAAUCCACGCAGAGCCGCUGGAGGGCAUCCGCAUUGUCCAAAACGAGGAGGACUUGACCGACAUUCGCGCUGUCAUUGAUGGACCAGCUGGCACUCCCUACGCUGGUGGAAGCUUUUUGAUGAAGCUGACCUUGAGCAACGACUUUCCCUCCGUUCCCCCCAAGGGCUAUUUCCUCACCAAGAUCUUCCAUCCGAACGUGUCCAAGCUUGGCGAGAUCUGCGUCAACACUCUUAAGAAGGACUGGAAGCCCGAGCUUGGCAUCCGUCACGUCCUGCUGACUGUCAAGUGCUUGUUGAUUGUGCCAAACCCCGAAUCCGCCCUGAACGAGGAGGCAGGCAAGCUUCUGCUUGAGGCCUACGACGAGUACGCCAAGAUGGCCAAGAUGAUGACUGAAAUUCACGCACUCAGCAGCAAGGCCGGCGAGGCAUCAUCAACCGCUGCGUCGUCGACGUGCGCAUCAUCUUGCGCUGCGGAAACCUCGGCAGCCGCAGGGAAGGUAGCAGCGAGCGCAGCCUCGAAGCCUGCCGUCAAGACCGAAAAGGCCAAAGUUGAUGCAAAGCGAAGCCUCAAGCGUUUGUAACGCCGAUGUUGAGGAGGUUGUUGUUGUGGUAGAAGGAACAUUUUGUUGACAUAAUAUUUUCAUUUCUCUUGUGUAACUCAUGGGUCCAG